GAAGCUGGUUCGCUCUGCUCCUGGGCGCCAGGGAGGAUGCAGCGUCCGGUGUGGUGGUGGCUGUUCCUGGUGCUGUGCAGCCUCCUAGAGUACCAGGCGGAGGCCCCGAACCCAGCGGAGCCUCCGGAGCGAAGUCGGCCAUACGCCGUGCUGCGUGGGCAGAAUCUGGUGUUGAUGGGAACCGUUUUCAGCAUCCUGCUGGUGACCGUGAUCCUCAUGGCAUUGUGUGUCUACAAGCCCAUUCGGCGUCGAUGACGGCCGAGCAAGCAGGUUUUCGGAGUAUCUGGGAUAUUAAGUUGUGUUGCACAUGGGUCGGUGGAGAAGUUGGAAUCAGAACCUUACUGCUUGAAAAUGACCUUUGGUCUGGACAGUUAGUAGAUGCUAAAUGUUUUAGCGAAAAUAUCUAACAAUUAUUUUUUUCUUGACACUGUAAUGCUAAUAAUUGGCCAUUGAGUCUGCUUCUCGGUUUUGCUUUUUGAGUAUCUGGCUGUAUUUGUGCUUGUGAAAAGUAAGGCCUGAAGCUCCCAGGUCAUGUGAAGAUGGGAAAACAUGGCAGUUCUGUGAGCGACCCUGGACGGGACUAAUCCUUCAUGUUUGAAGAUAUUCAUGAGAUAAAAAGCUUAAUAUGUAGACGUUGCCUACUCAAGAACCACUUGGUCACAUGGGUUAAGAAUCACAAAUGUUUUUAAUUAUACUGACCUGGCCCGGAAUGCCCUGAUUGUAGGCAGUGUCAGCAGUGGGGGACUUAGGCUGUCACUCUUCAUGUUGCAUCCAGCCUCCUUGGGCUAGGAGGCUCUGAGGUUGGGUCGGAAAUGUUACUCGUUGGCCCAUCUGAGAAAGUACCCCAUCCUGCUCAAAGUACUGCACUUGAGUCUUUCCAGCCCAUGGCCUAAAAUCUGUGGCAGCUUAUCAGAUUUGGAAUCUAAAGGAAAUAGCAAAGUCUCUUUUCAGCCCUGGGUGGGGAGGGCUCAGCCAAGAGAGGUGUGUGUUCACUGUACAAGGCAAAGGUAUCAGGUGGGUGUGUGUUUACAAAUUUAAUUUCAACUUUGAAAAUGCUACUUGCACUGUUGGUGAACUGGAAUUUUUUUCUUCUGUUGAAAUGAUACUUCCAUAUUUGCAAAGUGAUUAUAUGUAUUUACUUUAAAGGUGCUAGGUUUUUCUUUGUUACUAAACUGAAAUGCUUAUUUUGUGCUCCAUUCAAGCACAGCACUGAUAUUUAACAGUCCACAACUUAAUGUGAAAUACCUGAUGUGGGAUACUAUGUAACUGUUCAAGGAUUUUGUUUCUAACCCUAACAUUGAGCCAUUGAAAUGUUCACUGUUCUGUACUUUUGAGCAAAAUGCCAAAUAAAAUUACAGUAGUAUCUUA